AGAAUCAGAGUUGAAAUUGAACAAAGCUGUCGAGAUUUGCAGAGCAGAGGAGUUAUCAAGACAUCAAAUGAAGUUGUUUGGCUGUGAAGCGAAUCAUGUAAAUCAAAUAAAACGCAGGGGAGUGAACCGUGUUCAGAACAAAAGCAAGUCAGACAAAACACAAGAAGUAAAGAAAGCUACUGAAGGGAAACAUGAACAUACGCGUAAUGCGUGUGGUAAGCGUGGUCUAAUCCAUCCAAAGGGACAAUGUGUAGCUGGUGGUAAACAAUGUAAUAAAUGCAAAAAGAUGAACCAUUAUGCAAGAAUGUGCCGUUCAAGCAAAAGCGUCGACUCGUGUCGACAAGAGAAAAGUGACGAAUAUCUGUUUCUAGAGACGGUCAAAGUUGAAUCUGUCGAUCGGAUUCGACAGUCUGAAACUGAACAUGUAACACUGUCAUUGAACAAUCACGACAUUCGAUUAAAGCUGGAUACGGGUAAACGUGAACGUGAUACCAUACUCAACUUUCAAGCAAGUUGCGACAACUUCAAAGAUAAAGCUUGGAAAGCCGAAAGCCUGUUUGAGUGCCUAUAAUGGAGGAAAUAUUCCGGUCGACGCUGUCUGCACGUUACAAUGUCAAUACAAAGGAACAAUUCAUAAUUUUGAAUUUAUAUCACGAGCAUCGAGAGUGAACCAGUUCUCAGUAUUUACGCAUGCAAGAAACUUGGGCUUAUAGAAUUUGUCACCGUCGUAGAGCAUAAAGAAGAAGGAACCGAUAUAGAUGUAGAUGUAUGUAUGGUGAGCGAGAGUCACCUGAAACCUGAAAUGCCAGAUGCUGUGGUGACCAUUCACAAUUAUUCAAUAUUUAGAAGAGAUAGAAGUUGGGAAGGACGCGAUAUGAGAGUAAAACGAGGGGUAGCAAUAUAUGUUCGGAACAACUUAAAAGUUAUUGAUAUUUGUACGAACUUAUUGGUGUCACACUUCUGUUACCUACAGGAAACCGCAUGUCGAUAUAUGGCCUUUAUCACCCACCUAGGCACAAUUAUCUGGAGAGCGACUUAUUGGAUUAUUUGAUAAAUAUUUCUGACGACGUUCUGGACAACUAUCCAGACACUGUAAUUGUUUGUGGAGGGGAUUUGAACAGUUUGGACAUAAAACAUCUUGAGGAACUAUCAGGAUGGGAUGCAAUGGUCGACUUUUCAACAAGGGGUAACGCAUGUUUGGAUAACUGCCUUACAAAUAGAAUAGAUUUGUUCUCAAAAUGUUAUCCUUUCCACAUGUUAACUAAAACAAACCACAUGGGGGUUAUUUUACCAGCAGGAACGAAACUAAAACCCAUGCGCCGAAAGGUUGAAUUUCGGGAUUGUAGAAAGCAUCGAAAGGAAGAUUUCCACAGAGCUUUAGCAGAAGAAGAUUGGGAGGAUGUAUCGCAGUCCACGAAUGUAAAUGACGCUGUGAAUUGUCUUGAACGUAAGAUCAUGGAUCAUAUGAAUAAAUGUAUGCUCACAAAAACAGUCUCAAUUUCGUCACGUGACCCUUACUGGAUCCAGAAUUUCUCGGUCGCAAAAGGAUAGACUCAGUUUAAUUAACAAAAGGAUUUCUGAUGUCAUUUGUCAAAACAGAGGAAAUUUUAGGGCCUUGGUGGGAAGUAGAACUUGGUGGAGAAAGACGAAUGAUAUUUUUCAGCGAAAUGCAUUGUCAUCAAGAGUUACUUUAGAUAAUGCAUCACUUACAAGAUUAAAUCGCUACUUUGGCGAACUCUGCCACGAUGAUAGUUAUGUCGAACCGACGCUCUCAAUUAUUGGUGAUGAAGUAGAUAUUCCUAGCUUUACGGAACAGCAGGUAUGAAAUGCCUUGAAAAGAAUAAAGAGGACAGCAACAGGUCCCGAUUAUAUUCCCUAUUGGGUUUGGAAUGAUCAUGCGGAAAUUCUAACCGAAGUUAUAACUAACGUCUGGAAUUUGUCCUUUUCAUCACAUACUUGGCCAGAUUCAUGGAAAAGAGCGAAUAUUAACCCUCUUGCAAAGGUUGAUUUACCAAAGGAAGAUGGUGACUUACGUGGAAUAAAUAUUACACCUGUAAUUGCGAGGACCUUCGAAAAGCUCGUUUAUAAUAGUCAGGUCAAGUCGACAGUUGAGGAAAUUUUAUCCCCAACGCAAUUUGCGUACAGGCAGGGGGGGGGGGAGUUGUACAAACGCUCUGUUAACUAUUCAGAACAAAGUACUCAGCUUCUUAGAUAGAGCGGACUACAAAGCAGUUAGACUGUUUUCUAUGGAUUAUAGCAAGGCUUUCGACUCAGUGAAACAUUCACUCCUCUCGGAAAAGUUAAAAACUGUGCCACUCAACCCUUAUAUCAUAUAUUGGUAUUUAAAUUUUCUAAAGAAUAGAAAGCAAAGAGUCGUUUGUAACGAUUUUUGUGGAGAAUGGAUGGAUGUUAAUAAGGGUACAACACGGGAGCGUAAGUGGCCCCUACCUUUUUAAUAUUUUCCUAAAUGAUUUAGAGGUGGACAUAGACGGAGAGAACGCUCUUUUUAAAUAUGCGGACGAUUAAAAAAAAAUAGUGCCAGUUUGGAGUGAGGGUCCUGAUACAUCAACAGAUACAGUUGGACAAUUCCUGAGCUGGUCUGAUGAUAAUUUUAUGACUUGUAACCCUGGUAAAUGUAAAGAGCUUAUCAUCCAGAAGAAGGGAUAUAAUGAUCAACUUGACAAUGUUCAUAAAUAA